ACUGUCAGAGAAAAACUUAUGAUUCUAGAUUAUUUAGAAAAUAAUAAUAACAAACUAUUACAAGUAGCUCUAUAUGUUGAAAAACUGCAUUCAGGGAAACAAGCCAAAUAUUCAGACUUAGAAGACAAAUUGUUUAAUUGGAUUAACGAAACUAGAGCUAGUGGAAAUCCAGUUACAUGCUAUUUAAUUAAUAAAAAGGCUAUAGACUUGUCUCAACAUGAACGUAAAACAACAAUAGCUCAACACCUUGCACCAGAUUUAAUUGAUAAACAAAAUUCUUUUUUGAGUUAUAUGUUGUAUCGUAGAAUCCAACAUGACUAUCCUUUAAAGUAUAUUUGUAACAUGGAUGAGACACUACUUUGGUUUGAUCUACUAAAUAACAAUACUAUUGAUAUAAAAGGCAAAAAGUCUAUUAGUAUUCGUACUACUGGUUAUAAAAGAUCUUCUUUUACUGUUAUACUCACAUAUAUAGCAGACGGAACUAAACUUCUAGCAGUUUGUAUUUUCAAAUUAAAAAAUGUUCCUCGUGAGAAUUUUCCACAUGAUAUUUAUAUUAGAGCUAAUGAAAAUAUAUUUCAUGCACAUCUUAUGGAUUCAGUAAAAAACCAGUUAGUAGAAAAAAAUACAAACCUUGUGGUUAUUCCAUCUAGUUGUACUUCCAAAUUGCAACCUUUAGACGUUGUAAUUAAUAAAAGCUUCAAAUCUAAGAUAUCAUCCGCAAUUCAUACUUUUACACCAAAAGGUUGUAUUAGAAAACCUUCAUACUCUACUGUAGCAACUUGGUGUUGUGGAAUUUCAACACAAACGGAAGAUUCUGAGGAUUAUAUGCUUUUUAACUAUGAUAAUUUACUAGAACAAGAUGAAGUAAAUAAUAAUUUGGGUGAUAGCGAAUAUGGUGAUAGUGAACAUAGCGAUAGUGAAUAUAGUGAUCAUUAUAUUGAAGACAACAAAUAUAGAAAUGAGUGGAAUAUUGCUAGCGAGAACUAA